AUGUCCGCAACCACGACCGACAACGCCCGCCUCAAUACCCUUCGCCAUCACCUCGCAGACUACGAACUGCACCACAGCCAACCAUCUGAAGCCGAAGCAGCAUCUGCACCUCCACCGAGCUCGCAACCAGGAGUAACAGCAGCAAGUAACCCGGAAGGCUGGGAGACCCAGUGGAGAAGAGUUCCAGCGUAUAGACCCGCGCGACCGGAGAAUUUGCUGGGGGAUAGGAACACGUUCAAUAACGAGAUCGAGAGGAAUUUCAUUCGGGUCAUGUUUGGUGGUGUAACAUUGCAAGCGGUAAGUGUGCCGAAUGUGGUUCAGGCGGAGACUACACGCUGAUGCAUAUGCGACAGCGUGCGAGUUGGUUGUGGAGAUCGACUGGAGGCAGGUUGAAUGAUCAAAUAUUUAGGGUCAGGAUUGGUGGGGAGUGGUAG